AUGGAUCAGGGAAAUCAGAACGCUGCGGUCUGCGAGUUAGCGGCUGCUAUCAAAGAUCUACAGACUGGUCAAUCGAAGCUGGCUACGGCUAUCGACGCAAUAAGUAUUCGUGUGGAGCGGCUUGUAAUUAAUGAUGAGCCCAAAGUAGUGCCAUCUGAGCCGAAAGAUAACUCUCUGAACCUACCAACCUCUAUUCCAGCUACACCCUCACAGACGGCCAAGGCUGUCCCAUCGACUGAAGGUGUAGCAGGGAAGGAUAUAAAACGACGACAGUCCACUACGUCACGUAUUAUCCUGACAACGUAUCCUGGCCAAUCUGGAAUAGACCCUAUAGCGUUAGACUGGGGGAAUAAAGAGCCUACCCGGAGAGGCCCGGUGGUUGUGAGCAGGCACCAGAAUACUGUUCGUAGAAGAAAUGCAAUUGGUGCUCAUGGAGGAUCCUACGCUAUAUACCAUGCCCUAGCAGUCGCAAGUAGUCACCUAGACCUUGAGCAUAGACCCGAUUUUACAAAUACCGAACCGGCUGUGAAUAUUGGACCACACCCACAAUGGGCAGACAAAAGAAAGAUUGUCUCUAUGGGCCCUUUGGGCCAUUUAGCGCCAUGGCUGUUUAAAGAUAUGAUCACAAAUGAGAACCUUGACAUUCGUCCCACAAUUGCGAUAACAAGAGCACAUAUGAAGCUCCCGGAAUUGGAACAGAGCGUGCGGUCAGGCCGUCUAGUACCAGACGGAAAGAUUUGUUUAAAUGAAAUGGGGGAGUUGGCUGUAACAAAGAUUGCCGUGGAGCCAGUCUGGUAUUUGCCUGGUGUUGCAGAGAGAUUUGGAAUAGAUGAGGGAACACUCCGUCGCUCUCUUUUCGAAGUUACGGGUGGGUCCUACCCAGAGCUUAUCACGAGGGGGGACAUAAAGCUCUUCCUCCCGCCCAUCGGUGGGUUGACAGUGUAUUGUUUUGGCGAUCCCGCCAAAAUGUCAGAUCCUAAUGUUCGCCUUGCUUUGCGUGUUCAUGACGAAUGCAAUGGAAGUGACGUUUUCGGGUCGGAUAUCUGCACUUGUCGCCCGUACUUGAUAUUUGGAGUAGAAGAGGCCGUCAAAGAAGCGCAAAAUGGAGGCAGUGGUGUGGUAAUUUAUUUCCGCAAGGAAGGCCGUGCACUUGGCGAGGUCACUAAAUAUCUCGUCUACAAUGCUAGAAAACGAGGCUCUGAUCUUGCGAGUGAGUAUUUCAAAAGAACGGAAAACAUUGCUGGGGUAAAGGAUAUGCGAUUCCAAGCUCUCAUGCCUGAUGUUCUGCACUGGCUUGGUAUUACCAAGAUUGAUAGAAUGUUAAGCAUGUCCAAUAUGAAGCACGAUGCGAUUGUAGAGCAAGGGAUACCGAUUCUCGAGCGGGUUCCAAUUCCAGACGAGUUGAUACCGGAGGAUAGCCGUGUUGAGAUAGAUGCAAAGAUCCAUUCCGGUUAUUGUAAGUGCCUCUAUCAACGAUACCUAUUUGCGUAUGCUGAUGAAGUAGUCACUACUGGCCGUGUUAUGUCUAUGGAAGAGCUAAGUAGUGUCCAAGGACGUGCUUGGGAUGAUCUUGAUGUAAGUUCUUAA